AUGGCGCCAUCGCGAGACAUUGAGCUCAACCCGUUCGGCACAUACAAGAUCAAGGAAGAGUCCCUCACCCACGGCAGCUCCUACAGCAUGCGCGAGCCAAACUACGACGAGACCAAGGAGCCGCGCAUCGACCGCUUCAUCAACAGCUUCCGCCGCGACCCAAACUCCCGCUUCUUCCCCAGCCGCGACCUCGACGACAUUGGCCCGCUCGAGAGCGUCCGCAGGCACAACAAUGGCUCGCCCUUUUACGACCUGCGCCGCGCCGCGCUGGCGACGGCGCACUCCAACGGCCUGUCGCGAAAGCUCAAGGGCCGCCAUCUGCAGAUGAUUGCCAUUGGAGGCUCUAUAGGUGAGCGCCAUCCUGCGCUGGCUGCCGGCGGUCCUGCGUCUCUGCUGUUGGCCUUUUCCAUUGUCGGCGCCAUGCUGUUCUGCACAUGUCAGGCGCUGGGAGAGCUCGCCGUCAUCUACCCACUCGCCGGUUCGUUCUCAUCGUGGGCCACCCGGUUUUUGGACCCCUCCUGGGGUUUCGCCCUCGGCUGGAACUAUGCCAUGCAGUGGCUGACCAUCCUCCCCCUGGAAAUCAUUGCGGCGUCCCUCACCAUUGGCUAUUGGGACAGCCAUCUCACCAGGGCCAUCUUCGUCACCGUCUUCCUCUUCACCAUUGUCGCCAUCAACCUGUUUGGCGUCAAAGGCUACGGUGAAGCCGAAUUCACCUUUUCCCUGGUCAAGAUUGUCGCCGUCAUCGGCUUCAUUCUCCUCGGCAUCGUCCUCAACUGCGGCGGCACGCCCACCACCGGCUACAUCGGCGGCAGAUACUGGCACGACCCGGGAGCCUUCCACAACGGCUUCAAGGGCCUCUGCAGCGUCCUCGUGACGGCGGCCUUUGCCUUUACGGGGACGGAGCUCAUCGGCCUGGCGGCGGCGGAGACGGCGAACCCGCGCAAGUCGCUCCCGACGGCCAUCAAGCAGGUGUUUUGGCGCAUCAGCCUCUUCUACAUUGUCGCGCUGACGCUCGUCGGCCUGCUGGUGCCCUACACGGACCCGCGGCUGAGCGGCUCCAACAACAACAAGGCCGACGCCCACGCGUCGCCCUUUGUCAUCGCCAUCACGUCCGCGGGCAUCGACGUCCUGCCGUCCGUCAUGAACGCCGUCAUCCUCGUCGCCGUGCUGUCCGUCGGCAACUCGGCCGUCUUCGGCUCCUCGCGCACCCUCGCCGCCCUCGCCAACCUCGGCCAGGCCCCCGAGAUCCUCGGCUACGUCGACCAGCGCGGGCGGCCCCUCGUCGCCAUCAUGGUCGCCGCCGCCUUCGGCCUGCUGGCCUACCUCGCCGACCUCAAGCAGCAGAAUUCGGUCCUCGACUGGCUGCUCGCCAUCUCGGGCCUCUCCUCCAUCCUCACCUGGGCCUCCAUCUGCCUGUGCCACAUCCGCUUCCGCCGCACAUGGGCCGCCCGCGGCCACCACCCCAGCGACCUGCCCUUCCAGUCCCAGGUCGGCGUCCUCGGCUCCUACAUUGGUUUCGCCCUCAACCUGAGCGUCCUCGCAGCCCAGUUCUGGGUCGGCGCGUUCCCCAUCCCCACAAGCGACAAGCCCAUGACGGCAGCCCUCCAAGCGGAAAACUUCUUUCUCAAAUGGAUGGGCGCGCCGAUUGUCUUGAUUUUCUUCCUAAGCCACAAGAUUUACUAUCGGACGAGAUAUGUAAAGAUCAAGGACAUGGACAUUGACACCGGCAGGAGAGAUUUCAACGUCCCGAUUCUCGUGCAGCAGGAGAAGGAGGAGUGGGAGGCGUGGCCUACGUGGAAGCGCUUCUACAAGUUUCUAUGCUGA